AUGACGUACCAACACGAACCCGAGGCUGUCCUAGCGCAGCUCCGCGAGUCUCGUCUUUCAUCUGACGAACGACGCAAAGCGCUCGACACGUUCCGCACAGCCAUCGAGGCUCUGGAGCCCCAAACUCUCUCGUCGAUUGCAAGCACCGCGAUCCGCAACAGUCCCAAUGACGUCCGUCGCGUUGCUCUCCAGAUACUCUCGUCCCGCAUCGAGUCUGAUUCGUUUCGGGAAGUCACGGACGGCCACAGCCAAGAAGCUGUCAGCGAGCUCAUGGAAGCAAUCGAAGGCUUUCUGAGGACCACGCUCAAAAUCCAGAGCACAAGGGCUCUCUCCACCACCUCUCGCCCCACACUUGAUAUCGCCAGCCUCUCUAUAUCGUCGCUCCGAGCUACGGCUGCUGCGCUGAAGACGCUGCAUGCGCUGAUCCGUCUAGCCUCAUCGAACAAGGGACGGGCUGCAAUAUCAUCUUCACAGAGCGUUGCUAGGCUUCCAGGCCUGCUCGCCUUGUUCGACAUUAUCCUUCCAUGUCUCUCAGCCGGGGCUCGAGUAUCCCGCCCCGCGACUGGCUCUAUCUCACGGUCAAGCUCGAGCUUGCAGGUUGGCGCCUUUUCUUGGAACAAUUCGUCCGCACUUAAACGCACACAGUCGUCGUCCAUCAAGCUUGACGGAGACGCUAGCUCGGAAUCUCCAGCUUUUCGACGUCACGAGGAGGAUCUUUCCGCUGAUGAAACAGAUCGCAAGAGCGACAAGAGCGAAAGCGAGCGGAGUGACUUUUCAUCGGCCUCUGUGAUUACUGCAUCAUCGCGCUCCCGGAAAGACGAGUCGCGGCUGCAAGAAGCCACGACUAAGCUCAUCCGCCAGAACGCUUUGCACUGUCUUAUCGAGCUCAACCGUCGAGAGUCUCGAGCUCUCAUAUCACGUUGGAGCGAGCUUUUACCCGAUCAGCCUGCCCCGCUCAACCCGCAAAGUGCUACUGCAACGCCGUCUUCCGCCUCACGCUUCCCCGCGUCCUCUUCCACCUCGACAGCCUCUUUCUCUCUCUGCACACUCAUCACACAAGAUGCAUCGACUUCGGUCCGUAUCGCAGCGAUGGAGACGCUGGGAUCGCUCCUCACACUAGGAUCACAACAGCUCUCAAUAGCGCAAGAACGAGCUCAACGUGCAUUGUCAUUCACAUCGCUAUCGUCGCAGUUGGCGAGUUGGAUCGUCAACAUUCGCACGUAUCUGGUCGUCGCGCUGCAGCGUGCUGCCACUGCCCAGCGUGCGUCUGCUAAAGCAGAAGCAAGUGUGGGGCUUACCAGAUACCCUUCAUUGUUGACGGUGGCAUUGCUGCAGUUGGCACGUACGUUUGUGGGCAGCACGGCAAAGGCGAAGCUCGUCACGCCCAACGCUAUGGUGCUGGGACCAGUUGUCACGCCUUUUGCCUCGCACAGUGAUCCGCAGGUACAGGCGGAGGCCAAAAGGCUGAUUGCUGCAAUAUCACCGACGUCUGUUGCGGCUCGAGACAAAGCACAGGGCUUGCGUGGCUUUGCCACACGCAUGGACAGCACCAUCUCUUCCUCCGGAGCAGAGAACUCUGCUUCAUCCCAAACAUCGCCCUUUGCGGAGGUUCAGAGCCUGGACCUGACCAAUCUCAUCAGCGAGGGCAUAACCGCCUCGCCCGAGACGUGCAACCGCGUUCUCACUUUGCUUGAAGCGGCUGAUAACCCAGUUGCCCAUCUUUCCACCUGGUCCGUCCUUGUCAAACAUCUGGCAGAACCUUCUGCACCACAGCUCGAUUCCCAAGCACCUUCACGCGUGAUCGCGAUGUGGCAACGUCUAUGCAGCGAGUCAAGGUUGACGUCAGAUCAGCUGUGCACCCUUCUUUCGACGAUUCCGGACCUCUAUGGAGCGCUUUCGAGGCAUUCCAGACUGGACAGCCCUGUGUCGAGUGUCAUCUUGCAAUACGUCGAACGUUGCUGUGCAAGCAACGACGAGGGUAUCCGAGCAGCAGCCGUGCGCGUGUUUGGCCUGCUCGUGCUGCCCUCUGACACCACCAUCAAGCAGGACGACCAACCUCAACGAGCUAUUUCCGAGACCUUGCAUGUCAUCCUGUGGGGCCGUGGCGAUACGAAGCAAACCGGCGCCUUGCACGACAACUCGACCUUGGUACGCCAGCGAGCAGCGUGGACAUUCUCGAACUUGGUUGAGGCACGCUUCCGCUCUUCGACGCACAUCGGCGAACACGAAUGGAUCGCACAAGCGAGAUACUGCCUCGAGGCGGGCAAGGAUAUCGAAGGUGUCGCUGUGUCGGCGUGUCGUGCAUCGGGACAUCUGCUGGCGUUGUUGCAACCUGCGCUGGCGUCGAGCUCGGUGUGUCGUUCGUUAGGCAGAUCGCUCCUCGAACAGCUUUGCAGAGUGCUGGGAACCACAUCGAAGCCGCCCAAGUCGAGAUGGAACGCAGCUUCGGCGUUGGACCGCGCGCUCUGUUCGGACGUGGUUUUGACCGCCCUUCUGGAUGAAGCGCUGAUGGAUCGAGUUUUGGACCUGCUGUGUUCGAACCUGGAUGCUAAGGUGUACAAGGUCCGUGUGAGCGCGGCGAACGCUCUCGUGUCGCUGUGCAAGUCGGAGAGCGCCAGUCGUCGUGACGUGCCAGGCGAGCGGCGACUUGGAAGGAUACGAAAAACCGCUGCGGCUCGACUAGCCGAACUCCAGCAGCCGACGCAAUCGAAAGAGGCGACGCUGUACUUGGAAGAACUUCGGCGACUCUUGGAUACCCUCUUAGCAUCAACUUGA